AGGGCGAAAUUCAACAUCAUGUCUUGGACCUGUCGAAAGACCACGACUUUAGUCGACCGACGACUUCACCUACGAACAUAGCACAUUAUGACCCAACAGAGAACAAGUCUCAUCUUGACGGGCCUGCCGACUUUCAGUUACCUCGCAAAGCAAGCCAGAUCUCUCGCAACUAUAUUCAGCAGCUAGCAGAUAUCGUUAAGCAGGAUUGUGACGCACCACCCAAGGACCGCAUCGACUUGGUUCGAUUCUUCUUCAGCGGCGAGGUGGAUUCACAUCCGUUACCCAGCACCGAAACUUGUCGCGUACUUGAUGGUCUAUGCCCUCGACAUCUCGAGGUCGUUCCCAGAAUAGAUUUUCGUCGUUUGCUUAACGGGAUGCAGACCCCUUGGCCUCUCGAGACUGUACUGAUCAACGGAGAGGAUGCAUCUAAGGGGAACCAGAGUAUCCCACGUGCAUUCAGUGGCCUUCGGGACCUCACCCUUUACGAAUGUCCUCUGUUGAGACUGAUAGCGCCGACCAGUGGAGGAGGGUUGGUUAACUUGAAAAAUCUUCGAAUCUCAGGAAGCAAUGUUAUGGACUCGCUCGUCCACAUCUCACGCGCGAACAAGGCGCUCUUCCAUUCAGUCGAGAGACUGGUGUUGUUGAGCUACUUACACCCGGCUCAAGACGCUGGAAUUUCACAUAUGCACCGAGGACAUCGAGAGUGGCUAUCAACCUACCUCAAAGCAGUCCAUCCCUCUCCCAUCGUCCCUGCCACCAUCUCUCAAACAUCUCUGGCUCACACUACCUGUAACCGAAGGAAUGAUUACAGAGAUGGACGCCUGGAAACAUUUUGCAGAAGAUGUGUCAUGGUUACCUGA